CGGCCGCGUGGGCGGCGGGAUGGAGGGCGCCGGGGGGCGGGGAGCGGGCGUGCGCGUGUGUGCGAGGAGCGAGCGGGGAGGCCGGGCCCGGGUGUAACCGGAGCUACAAAGGAGGCGAGCCCGCCAGGGGGAGGGAGGGCGGAGCGCGGCGCCGGGGGCAUCUCCGCCACCCGCCCCGGGAAGAGGCCCCAGGUCCUCGCCCCGGGCCCGCAGCCCCGGCAUGAUGAAGAAGAACAAUUCCUCCAAGAGGGGGCCUCAGGAUGGAAAUCACCAGUCUGCGCUGCCCGAGAAGGUCGGCUGGGUCCGGAAAUUCUGCGGGAAAGGCAUUUUCAGGGAGAUUUGGAAAAACCGCUACGUGGUGCUGCGAGGGGACCAGCUCUACAUCUCCGAGAAGGAGGUGAAAGAUGAGAAAAACAUCCAAGAGGUGUUUGACCUGAGUGACUAUGAGAAGUGUGAAGAGCUCCGGAAAUCCAAGAGCAGGAGCAAGAAAAACCAUAGCAAGUUCACGCUUGCCCACUGCAAGCAGCCCGGGAACACGGCACCCAACCUGAUCUUCCUGGCGGUGAGUCCAGAAGAGAAGGAAUCGUGGAUCAACGCCCUCAGCUCUGCCAUCACCCGGGCCAAGAACCGCAUCCUGGACGAGGUCACAGUGGAAGAGGACAGCUACCUCGCCCACCCGACUCGAGACAGGGCGAAGAUCCAACACUCCCGCCGCCCACCCACGCGGGGACACCUAAUGGCCGUGGCUUCGACCUCUACCUCAGACGGGAUGCUGACCUUGGACCUGAUCCAGGAGGAAGACCCCUCCCCUGAGGAGCCCACCUCCUGUGCUGAGAGCUUCCGGGUGGACCUGGACAAGUCAGUGGCCCAGCUCGCGGGCAGCCGGCGGAGAGCGGACUCGGACCGAAUCCAGCCCUCGGACCGGGCGAGCGGCCUCCCGCGGCCUUGGGAAAAGCCAAGCAAGGGGGCCACCUACACCCCCCAGGCCCCUAAGAAGCUGACCCCCGCCGAGAAAGGCCGCUGUGCCUCCUUGGAGGAGAUCCUGUCUCAGCGGGACACUGCCCCGGCCUGCACCCUCCACCUGCGGGCCGAGGAGCCCCCCGCCCGCACCCCCCCGCACCCGGGGCAGCUGUCCCGGAUCCAGGACCUGGUAGCGAGGAAACUGGAGAAGACUCAGGAGCUGCUGGCGGAGGUUCAGGGACUGGGAGAUGGGAAGCGAAAGGCCAAGGACCCCCCUCGGUCUCCUCCCGACUCCGAGUCGGAGCAGCUGCUGCUGAAGACGGAGCGGCUGCUGGGAGAGGCGUCUUCGAAUUGGAGCCAGGCCAAGAGGGUGCUGCAGGAGGUCCGGGAGCUGAGGGACCUCUACCGACAGAUGGACCUGCAGACCCCCGACUCCCACCUCCGACAGACGGCCCAGCACAGUCAGUACCGGAAGAGCCUCAUGUGAAGGACGGGGAACCUGGGAGGGCGAGGGCACAGACUCUGAUCUCCAGGUGAUGCAAGAUAAAGCUUUUUUAUUUACCUCAGUUAAAAAAAAGAAAACAAAAACACAA